CUUAUAAUAACAGAAUAAAAGGUAUUGAGAAUGACGUGGAUUAACCAGGGUUUAAUACAGAGAAUGGUUACUAACUCUUCGUUAACAUUUAACAAUAUGAGAACUAGAUUUUAAGGUCAUUACUGAACUGGCAAAAAAAAGCAGUUUAGGCAAAUCUAGCUUUCAGGCGAGCUUUGCUUGUCCAGUGCCGGAAGGUCAAAAAGAAGUUAGUGAUCUCCAAUCACCAAAUUUCCUAGGCCAAAGCUAAGAAUCGAUGCCAAAUGAUCAAACUCGUCUUUAUGAGAGAAUCUGAACUGUGAUAACAAUACAAAUACAAUUUCUGCAUAUAAAGAUUAGAAAAUAUAUGUUUUUUAUCAAAAAAGAAGAUUAGAUAAAUAUUUAUUAAAAAGAGCAGAGAGACUUUUAGCCAUCAGAAGGAAAAGGCCAUUGUGUUUGUUUUUGGUGCAAAGGUAAGAACACACAUAAGAAAACAAAAAGAUACUUAUAGUCGAUAUUGGCCUAAACAUACGAAGCCAAAACAACUACCAUAGCACCAAGACAGGCGUAUCCAAAUAUGUUGGAAACAGUUAUUACCCCUUCGAUAUAUACAAAACACAUUUUAAAACCUUAUUUUCGUUUACAAUAAUUCACAAUGCCUGUGAAUUUUUCUAGAUUUGUAGAGUUUAUAAUCAUGAAACCGUACCGUAUUUAAAAAUAAUAAUCAAAAGCUAUCGAUCUUGUUAGGAUAUCAUGUAAACAAAUAAAAAGUAAACACUUUUAAGUUUUAACCCAUUCGACAAAAUGACAUCAACACAAAAACAACUCUUAUGAUGAUGAUAUAUUGAUACUUAUUAGUUAAAUAAGUCAAUGAAAAAGUUCAACACCCACGCUCUUGUCUUUUAUAGUUGAAAUGAUAAUUAGAGUAUAUAUAUACCAAUUAAUAAUUAGCAUAAUAUUAAAAAUUCUAAUCAAAAGGAAGAAGAUUAGGGAAGUACUAAUCUUUUGUUAUUGUGUAACCCUUUAAGACCGGUCACAUCUCACAGAAGCUUGUCUUCUCGUCUUAGACUUCAGCCCUCUUCCCUUCUCUGCUCUGCUCCACUCCUCUCUCUCCUUGUCUCUCAUAUGUAGAGAGAGAAAGUGUUAUAUUUGUCUUAUCUAAUGCGUCAAGAACCACUUCAUCUCUAUCUAUAAAAGCCCCAAAAUCAUUCACUCUCAUAUAUUUAUAUAUCUCUCUUGACAUCUCCAAGAUUCGAUCUUUUUAGGUUUUUUCAUAUAUGGUUACCAAAAGAUUUAUAAUUUAAGGAAAAGACUCUGUUUUUCAAAAGAAGAAAUGCAGGAUCCAUCAGCUUAUUACAACUCGAUGAUGGCGACACAACAACAACAACAACAACAACCACAGCAGUUUCCAGAGCAAGAACAGCUAAAGUGUCCUCGCUGUGACUCACCGAACACAAAAUUCUGUUACUACAACAACUACAACCUGUCACAGCCCCGUCACUUUUGCAAAAGCUGCCGUCGUUACUGGACCAAAGGCGGGGCUCUCCGCAACGUUCCCGUCGGCGGCGGUUCUCGCAAGAACGCUAAACGAUCAACCUCUGCGUCUUCUCCUCCCAACACACACAAGAAGAAGACCAAACACCCGGAUCCUAACCCGGAUACGAAUCCGACCCGGAUGCUGUACGGGUUUCCGAUCGGAGACCAAGACGUGAAAGGUAUGGAGAUGGGUGGUGGUGGUGGGAGUUUUAGCUCGCUUUUGGCGUCGAAUAUGCAGCUGGGUCUUGGUGGGAUCAUCCUAGACGGGUCGGGUUGGGAUCCGGGUAUGGGACUAAAGAGGAGUGAAGCGGGUGACGAAGGUGGUGGUAACCCGUGGACCGAUCUUUCUAGGAACAGAGUGGAGAAAAACUGAAGGAGGAGGAGCAGAACACGGAGAGGGGUAGUUUGGUAAAUUAAUAUGGAGCUGCUAAAACUGAUUUCAAGGUGUUUAUGUCAUUUUGGUAAUCUAUUCCUACUCCUUUUUUAAUUUAUAAAUCGGUUUGUUAAAUAUAAUUAGACUUAUGUAAUAGGAGGAGAUUUUCAGUUUAUUGUUAUCUUUAACAUUAGUGAGAAACAAAAAAAAUGUUUGUGUUAUUGAAGAAUUUCUAGAACGAGACUCGCAAAACUCGUGACGUUGAAUGAAUUCUUAGCCACGACAUUAUUUUUA